GGUUUAAAUAAAGAGUAAAAUGAUUACAAUAGGUACCAGAAUACACGCAUGUUACAAGAAUAUUUUCACUUUUUGAUAAGUUGUCAUCUUUGAUUAUGGCUAGAACAAAGAAGGCUGGGAGAAAAGGAAAAGCGAAGGGAAAUAGAGAUCGAGAAAGAGAGAAUAAAGGUGAUGGAGAAAAAAGAGAGAAUAAACACACAGAUUAUCCUACCACAAAGAAAACAAAUGAAAAUUAUGAAAAGUACUACAAAGAACAGGGAAUAAUCAAAGAGGCCGAAUGGGAAGCCUUCCUAGAAUCAAUGAGACAGCCUCUACCAACAACAUUCAGGAUCACUGGAUUCAGAGGUGAAGCGCAAGAAAUGUUGAAGAUUAUUAAGAAUGAAUACAUUACCAAACUGGUGUCCAAUGAUGAUUGCCCUGUUCACAGUCUUCCAUGGUAUCCAAAUGAACUAGGUUGGCAGAUAGAUUUAUCAAGAAGGGAAAUCAGACAUCAACAAGAUUUACAGCCACUCAAAGAAUUUCUUCUGAAUGAAACAGAAAGCGGUAACAUAAGUAGACAGGAAGCUGUGUCUAUGAUACCACCACUAGUGUUAGAUGUCAAACCCCAUCACAAGGUUUUAGACAUGUGUGCUGCACCAGGCUCUAAGACUGCCCAGUUGAUAGAAUUAUUACAUUCAGAUGGAGAAAAUGUCCCAGAGGGAUAUGUUAUUGCUAAUGAUGUGUGUAAUAAGAGAUGUUAUCUGAUGGUUCAUCAGGUCAAAAGGUUACAGAGUCCUUGCUGUGCAAUAGUUAAUCAUGACGCCACAACUCUACCAAAUAUAAGAAUUGGGGAAGGUAUUAAAGAUUUUGUCCAGUAUGACAGAGUUCUGUGUGAUGUUCCUUGUAGUGGUGAUGGGACCCUCAGGAAAAACGUGGAUAUUUGGAGUAGAUGGAAUGCAAAUAUUGGACCAAACCUUCAUAAGGUACAGAUGAAGAUUUUGAAGCGAGGUCUAGAGUUGUUAGCUGUAGGAGGUAGACUAGUUUAUUCUACAUGUUCACUGAACCCUGUAGAAAAUGAAGCCGUCAUAGCCAGUAUGAUGGAGAAGUGUAAAGGUUGUAUAGAGCUGAUAGAUGUUAGCAGUCAACUUCCAAAUUUAAAAUACAACAAUGGUUUAUCAUCAUGGAAGGUAUUCAGUAAGAAGAUGGAACAUAUGAAGAAUUUAGAAGAAACUAGAAAUAAAGGCUUUUCUCAUUUUGAAGGUUCCAUGUUCCCUCCAGACAAUGCAAAAGAUUUCAACUUAGAAAGAUGUGUCAGAGUUUUACCACACCACCAAAAUACUGGUGGAUUUUUUAUAGUGGCCAUACAAAAAAAUGCAACAUUACCAUGGAUGAGGCCAGUUCCACCAGUCCAACAGGUCAAAAAGGAGGAAAAUGUUGACCUUGAACAAAAAAAGGAAGCAGGGGACCAGAGUAAAGAAGCAUCAGUACCAGUAGAAACUGUGGUAAAGGAAGAAUCUGAUAAAGACGCAACAAAAAAAACUACAGAUGUAAAAAGCAAUGGUAAACGACCAGGGGACGAACUAACAGACCCAACUCCAACAAAACACAAAAAGAUGCACGGUUACAAAGAAGACCCAUUCUUGUUUUUAGAAGCCAAUGAUCCUUUUUGGGAUCCUAUUCAGAAGUUUUACGGAAUUCGUGCUGAUUUCCCGAUAGAACAGGUUAUGUACAGAGCAGAAACCGGACAUAAACGUACAAUAUAUUUUGUGUCCUCUCAAUUACGUAAUAUUGUACGCAGGAAUUCUGACAGGAUUAGGUUUAUCAAUCUUGGUCUGAGGAUAUUUGGCAGAAGUCCAUCUCCAUUGGUACCUGAUUGUGAAUACAGAAUAUCACAAGAGGGACUAACAGUUUUAGGAGCAGAAUGUAUUACCAGAUGUGUACAGCUGUCCAGAGAAGAUAUGGUCACUUUUAUGACCUAUGAUAAUCCUUUCUUUGAUAAAAUGUCAGCUAAAGCAAGAGAAGAUCUAAAACUGUUUUCUAUUGGUUGUAUCUUGAUGCACUACAAGCCAGAGGCAGGAGAGACCAAGCCAUCGUGUAAUAUAACUGUGUGUGGAUGGAGAGGAAAGUCAUCUCUCAGAACAUUUCUGUCAAAAAAUCUCAGAGCUCAUUAUCUAAGACUGUUUGGGGUGGAGCUAGAAGAAAUCUUGAAAGUGUUGGCAACAAAAGAGAAGGCAACAAACGCAGAAACAGAUGAAACUAGUCAAGACAGCGCUGUAGAAACAGAGGAAAACAAAACAGAAACGGUGAAAAAGGAAGACAGUAAUAAAUCGUCUGGCGCUGAAAAAAUGGAGACUAAUGAAGGAACUUGA